UUGAUUUUCAAUGAAUUUUCCAAUUCUAACUAGGUAUUCUAUUCUUUAAUUUGCUUCUACUUACUAAAUUGUCUAUUUUGAUUGCGUAGUAAUUUUCUGUUUCGUUUGUAUAUCAAUAGCCACUUUUAUUUUAUUGGUCAGUGCUACUGCAAACUAAAAGUUUUGGUCGGAAACAAUAAAAAUCAUUAAAAAUGCGUUGUUGUGUACCUUACUGCGAAAACACUUCCACCAAUGUGUCCACAUCAGAGUCGAAGGGGAUUAGUUUUCACGGUCUCCCCAGUGAUGUGCCUCUGCGUGCUGCUUGGCUCAGAGCCCUCGGCAAACAAGACAGUCAGCUACCAGACUCUGCUGUGGUCUGCUCCCAGCAUUUUCUUGAUGAUGAAAUGUAUGAAACAGAAAGUGGCUUAAGGCAUAUUGCUACUGGUGCUGUUCCUUCAACAGUGCAGGUUUGCAUGAUAUGCCUAGACACUGACAGCAAGCUGUAUCUAAUGAGUAAACACAAAUUGGAAGAAGCAUAUGAAAGGUUAACAGGAUAUCCAUUGUAUGAUCAAGGAAACCUGAAACAAACACUUUGUGUACAAUGUGCUCAGAGACUAAUAAACUUUAGUAGAUUCAGAGACAAGAGCUUGAGAGCCCGUGCACUGAUGAUGGACUUAGUUGAAAAACAUGAAUUAAUAACACGGCGACAUAUCAAAGGGAUAAACCGCACAAAGAACCAACUAAAGAGUAAUUUUGUGAUGAAAACUCUAGGACCUGACCACUGUGACUUAUACAUACUGGACUCCACAGACAAACAGACAGAAUCAGAGCCAAUCGGCUAUAGUGCUGUUGUGAAGAAUGAAGAAAGUUUUGACUCGCCGGUUGAUGAAGACAUGGAAGUGGCAGAGGAAGAUGACAAUACUGCAGACAAUGUCAAUGAUGAGUUAGAUGCGUGUAAGGAGGAGUGCUUCUCUGAGGAUAGCAUAAUGUUGGAAACGAAAUUGCUGGAUGAUGUUAUUUGCAAAGCUCUGGAGAACCCAGUAUUUGCAGAACAAGUGGCUGAAAUACCGGAUUUGUUAAAGUGUGAAAGUGCUGCCUUCCAAUGUACUUUAUGUUCUGAGGAGUUUGUUAGUGAACAUGCGUACAUGCAACAUAUGCACAUGCAUGACCAGCAGAACAGUGACGGAAAUGCUGACUGUAGCACGUCUCAAGUAUGCAAGCCUCAUACAGCCGUGAGCUCCUCACACUCUCCAUGCCUCACUGAGAACAAGCAGGCCAUUCCUCUGAGCCAGGCCUCGAGCCUGUCUGCACACAGCCCGUCUGCACACUCACCUCAAACUGCAGUCGCUCCUCUGUCCGCGAGACUUGCGCCGAGUAACGGAAACAAAGUGCAAGCUGAAGACGCCGAUACAGUCCAGAAGAGUAAACCACUAUUUAAAAUUAACAAUGUCGAAUUAAACAACCAACUAUUUGAUACCAACAAUGUAACUGACAUUAAUAGAUUGACUGAUUGUGUGGUCAUAUUAUAUGAUAUUUUCAAAAAGCCUGAAGAAGGUGUACCAAUACAAGGUGAAUCACUGGCGACAAUGAGACCAAGUAUUAGUUCUUGGGACAGUCAGCGUCAUAUUGAAAAGGCCUCUAAAGAUUUUAACUGUCAGGCAGUUAGUCGGAAUGAAGACACUAGACAUACGAUAGGAGACAUUCAACCAGUUACUAACAAACUGAAAGUUACUGAGCUUAAUGUUACGAAAACUUCACAAAGUAAAAGUUAUUGUUCAAAUAAUUACAACAGUGAAGAUAGUUUGCUUACUGACAAGAAUGGGUAUAUUUGUGAUGUAUGUAGACAUAAGUUUAAACGGAAAAGUGUCUUAGUUAAACACAUAAAGACUCACAAUGAAGUAAAACCGUUCACUUUCGAGUUUUGCCAAUUCAAAGCCAUACAUAAAUUUAGUUUAAAGAAACAUAUGCAAACUCACACGGGCGACAAACCAUUUACUUGCGAGUUAUGCGACUACAAAUGUACACAAAAUAGUAAUCUAGUGCGACACAUGAGAACUCACACGGGUGAAAAACCUUUUACUUGCGAGUUUUGCGAUUACAAAUGUGCACAAUCAAGUCAUUUAGUGAGACACAUGAGAACUCACACGGGUGAAAAACCUUUUACUUGCGAGUUAUGCGACUACAAAUGUGCACAAAAUAGUUGUUUAGUGCAACACAUGACAACUCACACUGGUGACAAACCUUUUACUUGCGAGUUAUGCGACUACACAUGUGCAUAUUCUAGUCAUUUAGUGCGACACAUGAGAACUCACACGGGUGAAAAACCUUUUACUUGCGAGUUAUGUGACUACAAAUGUGCACAAAAUAGUAGUUUAGUGCAACACAUGAGAACUCACACGGGUGAAAAACCUUACGUUUGUAAGUUAUGUGAUCAUAAAUUUGCACUAUCAAGUCAUUUAGUGAGACACAUGAGUACUCACACGGGUGAAAAACCUUUUACUUGCGAGUUAUGUGACUACAAAUGUGCACAAAAUAGUCAUUUAGUGCAACACAUGAGAACUCACACGGGUGAAAAACCUUACGUUUGUAAGUUCUGUGAUUAUAAAUUUGCAGGAACUAGUCAUUUAGUGAGACACAUGAGAACUCACACUGGUGAAAAACCUUACAUUUGUAAGUUUUGUGAUCAUAAAUUUGCACGAACUAGUCAGUUAGUGAGCCACAUGAGAACUCACACGGGUGAAAAACCUUAUGUUUGUAAGUUAUGUGAUUAUAAAUUUGCACAAACUAGUCAUUUAGUGAGACACAUGAGUACUCACACGGGUGAAAAACCUUUUACUUGCGAGUUAUGCGACUAUAAAUGUGCACAAAAUAGUAGUUUAGUGCGACACAUGAGAACUCACACGGGUGAAAAACCUUUUGCUUGCGAGCUAUGCGAUUACAAAUGUGCACGUAAGUCUAGUCUGGCGAGACACAGGAGAACUCACACUGAUACAAAUCCUCCGUCAUGUUCGUUCCCUCUUCUGUCCGCGAGACUUGCGACGAAUAACGGAAACAAAGUGCAAGCUGAAGACGCCGAUACAGUCCAGAAGAGUAAACAACUAUUUAAAAUUUACAAUAUCGGAUUAAACAACCAAUUAUUCAAUACCAACAAUAUAACUGACAUUAAUAGAUUGACUGAUUGUGUGGUCAUAUUAUAUGAUAUUUUCAAAAAGCCCCAAGAAGGUGUACCAAUACAAGGUGAAUCACUGGCGACAAUGCGACCAAAUAUUAGUUCUUGGGACAGUCAGUGUCAUGUUGAAAAUGCCUCUAAAGAUUGUAACUGUCAGGCAGUUAGUCGGAAUAAAGACACAAGACAUACGAUAGGAGACAUUCGACCGGUUAUUAAUAAACUAAAAGUUACUGAGCUUAAUGCUACGAAAACUUCACAAAGUAAAACUUAUUGUUCAAAUAAUUACAACAGUGAAGAUAGUUUGCUUACUGACAAGAAUGGGUAUAUUUGUGAUGUAUGUAGACAUAAGUUUAAACGGAAAAGUGUCUUAGUUAAACACAUAAAGACUCACAGUGAAGUGAAACCGUUCACUUGCAAGUUUUGCCAAUUCCAAACGAAAUAUAAAUGUAGUUUAAAGACUCAUAUGCGAACUCACACAGUUGAAAAACCUUUUACUUGCGAGCUAUGUGAUUAUAAAUUUGCACAAGUUAGUCAUUUAUUGAGCCACAUGAGAACUCACAUGGGUUUGUGUGAUUAUAAAUGUGCACGAACUAGUCAUUUAGUGACACACAUGAGAACUCACACGGGUGAAAAACCUUUUGCUUGCGAGCUAUGCGAUUACAAAUGUGCACGUAAGUCUAGUCUGGCGAGACACAGGAGAACUCACACUGAUACAAAUCCUCCGUCAUGUUCUGUAAAUCGUAGUUUGUUAGCCACUUUCAUUGGUCAGUGCAAAGGUUGGAGAAACUACAAAUCAUUGAAAAUGCGUUGUUGUGUGCCAUUCUGCACAAAUACUCCCACCAAUGUGUCCACAUCUGAGUCGAAGGGGAUCAGUUUUCACGCUCUCCCCAGUGAUGUGCGUCUGCGCGCUGCUUGGCUCAGAGCCCUCGGCAAACAAGACAGUCAGCUACCAGACUCUGCUGUGGUCUGCUCCCAGCAUUUUCUUGAUGAUGAAAUGUAUGAAACAGAAAGUGGCUUAAGGCAGAUUGCUACUGGUGCUGUUCCUUCAACAGUGCAGGUUUGCAUGAUAUGUCUAAACACUGACAACAAGCUGUAUCUAAUGAGUAAACACAAAUUGGAAGAAGCAUAUGAGCGGUUAACCGGAUAUCCAUUGUAUGAUCAAGGAAACCUGAAACGAACACUUUGUGUACAAUGUGCUCAGAGACUAAUAAACUUUAGUAGAUUCAGAGACAAGAGCUUGAGAGCCCGUGCACUGAUGAUGGACUUAGUUGAAAAACAUGAAUUAAUAACACGGCAACAUAUCAAAGGGAUAAACCGCACAAAGAACCAACUAAAGAGUAAUUUUGUGAUGAAAACUCUAGGACCUGACCACUGUGACUUAUACAUACUGGACUCCUCAGACAAACAGACAGAAUCAGAGCCAAUCGGCUAUAGUGCUGUUGUGAAGAAUGAAGAAAGUUUUGACUCACCGGUUGAUGAAGACAUGGAAGUGGCAGAGGAAGAUGACAAUACUGCAGACAAUGUCAAUGAUGAGUUAGAUGCGUGUAAGGAGGAGUGCUUCUCUGACGAUAGCAUAAUGUUGGAAACAAAGCUGCUGGAUGAUGUUAUUUGCAAAGCUCUGGAGAACCCAGUAUUUGCAGAACAAGUGGCUGAAAUACCGGAUUUGUUAAAGUGCGAAAGUGCUGCCUUCCAAUGUACUUUAUGUUCUGAGGAGUUUGUUAGUGAACAUGCGUACAUGCAACAUAUGCACAUGCAUGACCAGCAGAACAGUGACGGUUAUGCUGACUGUAGCACGUCUCAAGUAUGCAAGCCUCAUACAGCCGUGAGCUCCUCACACUCUCCACACCUCACUGAGAACAAGCAGGCCAUUCCUCUGAGCCAGGCCUUGAGCCCGUCUGUACACAGCUCGUCUGCACACUCACCUCAAACUGCAGUCGCUCCUCUGUCCGCGAGACUUGCGACGAGUAACGGAAACAAAGUGCAAGCUGAAGACGCCGAUACAGUCCAGAAGAGUGAACCACUAUUUAAAAUUAACAAUGUCGGAUUAAACAACCAACUAUUCGAUACCAACAAUAUAACUGACAUUAAUAGAUUGACUGAUUGUGUGGUCAUAUUAUAUGAUAUUUUCAAAAAGCCUGAAGAAGGUGUACCAAUACAAGGUGAAUCACUGGCGACAAUGCGACCAAGUAUUAGUUCUUGGGACAGUCAGCGUCAUAUUGAAAAAGCCUCUAAAGAUUUUAACUGUCAGGCAGUUACUUGGAAUGAAGCCACUAGACAUACGAUAGGAGACAUUCAACCAGUUACUAACAAACUGAAAGUUACUGAGCUUAAUGCUACGAAAACUUCACAAAGUAAAACUUAUUGUUCAAAUAAUUACAACAGUGAAGAUAGUUUGCUUACUGAAAAGAAUGGGUAUAUUUGUGAUGUAUGUAGACAUAAGUUUAAACGGAAAAGUCUCUUAGUUAAACACAUAAAGACUCACAGUGAAGUGAAACCGUUCACUUGCGAGUUUUGCCAAUUCAAAGCCAUACAUAAAUUUAGUUUAAAGAAACAUAUGCAAACUCACACGGGCGACAAACUAUUUACUUGCGCGUUAUGCGACUACAAAUGUACACACAGUAGUAAACUAGUGCAACACAUGAGAACUCACACGGGUGAAAAACCUUACAUUUGUAAGUUUUGUGAUUAUAAAUUUGUACGACCUAGUCAGUUAGUGAGCCACAUGAGAACUCACACGGGUGAAAAACCUUUUACUUGCGAGUUUUGCGAUUACAAAUGUGCACUUAAGUAUAAUCUGGCGAGGCACAAAGUAACUCACACGGGUGAAAAACCUUUUACUUGCGAGUUAUGCGACUACAAAUGUGCACAAAAUAGUAAUUUAGUGCAACACAUGAGAACUCACACGGGUGAAAAACCUUACGUUUGUAAGUUAUGUGAUUAUAAAUUUGCACGAACUAGUCAUUUAGUGAGACACAUGAGAACUCACAAUCGUGAAAAACCUUACAUUUGUAAGUUUUGUGAUUAUAAAUGUGCACUUAAGUGUAAUCUGGCGAGGCACAAAUUAACUCACACGGGUGAAAAACCUUUUACUUGCGAGUUAUGCGACUACAAAUGUGCACAAAAUAGUAAUUUAGUGAGCCACAUGAGAACUCACACGGGUGAAAAACCUUACGUUUGUAAGUUAUGUGAUUAUAAAUUUGCACGAACUAGUCAUUUAGUGAGACACAUGAGAACUCACACUGGUGAAAAACCUUACAUUUGUAAGUUUUGUGAUUAUAAAUUUGCACGAACUAGUCAGUUAGUGAGCCACAUGAGAACUCACACGGGUGAAAAACCUUACGUUUGUAAGUUAUGUGAUUAUGCACAAUCAAGUCAUUUAGUGAGACACAUGAGUACUCACACGGGUGAAAAACCUUUUACUUGCGAGUUAUGCGACUACAAAUGUGCACAAAAUAGUAGUUUAGUGCAACACAUGAGAACUCACACGGGUGAAAAACCUUUUACUUGCGAGUUAUGCCAUUACAAAUGUGCACGUAAGUCUAAUCUGGCGAGGCAUAAAAUAACUCACACUGAUACAAAUCCUCCGUCAUGUUCGUGAGCCGCACGCGGCACUCCGCCGCCGGCGCAUGCUCAGGAGAUACACUCUUGUUGAACUGUUUGCUGAAGCACUGUCAUGUUGUAUUAUUAUGAGUAAUAAAUAUUGUGGCUAAUUCUGUUGCACACAAUCUCUAAACUGAUAUGGCUGGUCUAAAUGUAUUACAAUUAAUAUAAUAAUGAAAUAAAAUAAAAUUAAAUAGAGUAGAAAUAAAACUUACCUGCUACCUACUACGUUAAUUACAAAUUACUAAUAUGUACUCAAAUUAAAUAUUUUUCUAAUUAUUCACAGGUUUUGUGUUUUUUUUUUAAGAUAAUCCAUGACCAACUUCUUGUAAGUUCCCACACGAGUCGAAAAGAUAUCAAUAUUGCCAAAGCAAUCAUUAUAUGACUGCGUCAUUCUCCAUGGUGGCGAGCGCUCACCAGAAUUUGUACGACAUUUUAGAGUAGCAAAAAGUUUAUGAGUUUGUUUACUGCGCACAUGACUUCAAAGUUGAAUUUUUUAACAGAGUUUACGAGUUAAGGGAAUACAAUAGUUAUUUGUUCAACAAGAUAGCAAAAUUCAUUUCUGCUGCGAGUGCCUAGUUUGAACCCCGAGCGGGCGAAGGAUUCUAUAAUAGAAUCACGAGCGUAGCGAGUGAUUCCAAGUUAGAAUCCUGAGUGUAGCGAGGGGUUUAAAGGCACAAGAAACAAAAAUUUUGCUAUCGUGUGAUACAUACAACUUUUCACCUCGAUAGCGAAAACACAAGAUCUAAGAAAAUAAUUAUUUAUUGAAACACUAAGAUAUUUUUAUAUUCAUGUAUAUUACAUGUUUAUAUGAUAAAACCAGUUUCUGAGUAGAUCUUCACACUUUUAACAAAUUUCCAAUCGUUAAAUAAUUCAAAGGCUUUCAAGUAUUUUUCACGCCACUUUUCCGGAACAAAGUUUAAUUCAGCGUUAGACACUGAUUCCUUUAAUAACUGAUGGUUUUAAAUUAUCACUAGAAUAACUCAUUUUCUUAUUUUUAAAACUUUUAUAACAAUUAUCUACAAAGAAAUUAGAUAGGUAUGUUUUUAUUAAGCUUAAGACCUCAUAGACAAUUUUUCUUUUGUUUUUCCGCCAUGUUUUAUUCCUUUUUAAUCUGCGUUCGGAAUUGUGUCAAUCAUAAAAUAAAAUAUAUUAAUAAUAAAUCAAUAUUAAUUUUCUUUUACGUUUCAUGUUAUGUUACAGAAUUAUAAAGUCUAAAACACAUUUUAACAAAAAGCAAAUAUUUCAAAUAAUAAAAUAGAGAGUUAAAAAAAUUGUCGAAAUAAAAUGUAUGGGAUAUUCAAUAUUAUAUACAACAUUUCCGAACGUUUCUUGUGACGAUGAAUUGAAUAAAUGCCAAUCCAAUGCAUUCUAAAAAAAAUACACAAAAUAAGAAUAAUUCAUCUACGACUUACCAGGCUGCAUGGUCUACGACUUUUGCCUUUCCUGAAGGGGAUAAAAUCAACAUCAUCAUCAUGAAAGAAAAUACUUUUUCUCACACCAGUGAGAAAAAGUAUUUUUUCUCACUGGUUUUAAGUUUCACAAAACCAGUGAGCAAAACUCAAUGUUGCUCACUGGUUUUAGGCAGCAAAGGCGCCCUGUUUGAGCUAGAGAGGUGAAAAACAUAUUUAUUAUGACACAGAUCAAAUAAGAGCAUAGCUUCAAGUUCUUUACGCCUCGAAUGCAGUCAAGUAUAUUAUAUUUUCGAAGAAGUUAGUAAUGGGAUUCUAGCUUCUUACUUAGGGCGAGGGUCCAGUCUAAAUCACACAAACUGUUAACAAUAUUAUUUUUUAUAACUAGCCUUAGGUUACUUUUCUAGAACUUAAUAAUUUGAAGAUAUGUACAUUUAUAUUUAUUGAAGUUGUUUACUGUAACUCUUAAUGUACGAUUUUAGUUUUUAGUUUAAAAUGAUUAAAAUAUGAUAGUAAAAUUAA